GAAACGCUUUGUGUUCGUCCCGGCGCAUUCGGUCUCGCCCGGUCCUGUUCCACCCCCGCAAUCCUUUGACGUCGACUACCACCACUACCAUCAUCGGCGACAACCACAUUUGUAGACAAAAUGUCCAGGAUUUUCUCGUCGGCCCUCCAGGCUGUUUUCAAGCCGAGCGCUUUUCUUCCCAAGACUGCCACUCGCUCAUUCUCCAUCCUCCCCUCCCUCCGUCCCGCCACCUUGUCUUCCACCCCCAGUACCAUCUUCCGCGCCCCCAACGCCAUCACCGCGCCCUCGGCCUCCCCUAGUGCUACUACCGGUAUCGACGGCGAAGUUCUCGACCUCCUCUCCGCAUCCUCCCUUAUUUCAAGUCAUCCGGCGCUUAGCGGGUUGGGCUCCCAGAUCCGCUGCGGCCCGCGCCCGACGAUGAGCGGGGCGACGAGGCUGGUGCAGAAGCGCAGACACGGUUUUUUGAGCAGAGUCAAGACCAAGAAUGGGCAGAAGACGCUGAAGAGGAGGCUGGCAAAGGGGAGGUUGAGGUUGAGUGCUUAAGUGGCUAGAUGCUUGACUGAGGCCUGCGGGAUGUGAAUGAGUGGAAAUGGAAAAAAAAAGGAGAAGGCGGAAGUAAGGAGACACAAUGGAGGGUUCGAGGAGCAACUAUGUCGACGACGGCUGCGGUACCCCUGGUCUGGCACGCUGGUUUCUGUUCAGAUCAGGAGUUCAUGAAGCUCCAGAGACGGUCAAGGGAUUGCGCUUGGUCUCCUAUUGUUUACGAUCCGAGACGAAAUCGCAUGCCGAAAAGCAUCUCGCAGCUACCUUUUCAACGACCACUCACUCGACCCUGAUAAUCAUGGCGACCUGGGGAGGCAGGUAUUCUGUGGCCCUCUCUACUGGUACAACUGGAACCGGUCAUGAAAAACUGCCAACAGCACGGAGGACCUUGGAGGGUUGCGAAAUGGCCGGGAUUUUGUGCCGCAAGCAGUCGAUAACCAGAUCAACCCGAACGUACCGCUACGAGAAACUUGUACACUAUGAUAAAUACGACCUGUUAUACUCACCACUUUUACC